UACCUCUUCGCGAUGACCAUCGGCAUGGUCGGCCUAACGUACGCGUCCGUGCCGUUGUACCGCAUGUUCUGUCAAGCCACCGGGUUCGGCGGGACGACGAGGAGGAAAACCGUGGAGGAGAAGCUCGCGGCGCAGGUCAUAUCCUUCAACGCCGACGUCGCGGAGGGUCUCCCGUGGAGGUUCACCCCGACGCAAAAGUCCGUCGUGGUGCGUCCGGGGGAGACGACGCUCGCGUUUUUCACCGCGAAGAACGAGAGCGCGCGCGACGUCACGGGCGUGGCGACGUAUAACGUCCAGCCGAACAAAGCCGGGUCGCACUUCAACAAGGUGCAGUGCUUCUGCUUCGAGGAACAGCGGCUGCGCGCGGGCGAGGAGGUGGACAUGCCGGUGUUUUUUUACCUGGACCCCGAGUUCGCGACGGACGCGGCGAUGGCGGACGUGAACGACGUGACGCUGUCGUACACGUUUUUCCGCAGCGACGAUUACGACGAGCUGGACGACGAGGAGGAGGAGGGGGAGGGG